UUGUAUUUUUGUCAAGUAACAAAAUUUCAGGUGAUCAAGGAAGUCAAACCAACAGUUCUGAUCGGCACAUCAACCUCGGGUGGUUCAUUCAAUGAAGAUGGAAGAGUGCUAUUUGCAAGUGGUAGUCCAUUUCCAAAUGUGGAAUAUAACGGUAAAGUUUAUAAACCAGGCCAAGGCAAUAAUUCUUAUGUUUUUCCUGGAAUUGGUCUUGGUGCUGUUAUAUUUAAAAUUCGCCACAUUGACGAAGAAAUGUUUUUGAUCGCAGCUAAGGAAGUGGCAAAAUGCGUUACCAAGGAGGAUAUUUAUGUUAAGCGACUGUACCCGAGUAUGAGUCGUCUUCGUGAAAUCUCCGUUAAAAUAGCUUUAGCAAUGGGUGAAUAUGCUUACAAGAUGUAUCAGACCACUUAUGAUGAGAUGGUCGGUUAUACGUAUGACUGGCCGGAGCAUGAUAUGGUGCAGGGCUAUCCGGUUCCCAACGAGCCGAUUAAUGUCGAUGAUUAA